UUUCACUGUGAAAGAGAAGUAGCAUUCUGUACGAACUUCCUCAAUAUGAAAUUGUUGUUCAGUGAAUUGUUUUUUGUAUCUGGGAGAGGGAGGUUGAAUGUUUGAGAGCUAGAAUGUAACUCAGUGUAAAAUUAAGUUGAACUCUGUUUAGCUUUGUCAGUUGUUAUGUUAUAGUAAGAACAUCUUAUAUAUUUUAUUGUUAAAACUGUCUGGGCUCAUAUAUUUUGGCUGAAGGCAAGCCUAUUAAAAGAAAGGGCAUUUUAAAUUUGAUUAGCCAGGGUGAAGGCUGGUUACAGUUAGUAAAAUAAUAAAUAAAAAAACAUUAAUUCAGCACUAAUGGUGAAAAGUUUCAGACUUGCAGUAAGUGAUUGCUUGCUGGUAAAAGUAGAGCAAAUAUGUGACACCAAAAAACUUUUGGGUUCAGAAUCUCCAGACAAGAUGUUCGGUAGGUGUAAUACACAUCUGAAAAUAUCUGUCAGUAUCGCCUCAUAUACCAAAGCUACUGUCUGAGCAUGAUAGCAGUAAAUAAAACAGAUAAAGGUGAGGAAUUUUUAGUAGUGAUGUGUCAUUUGGAUUUUUGGGACUCCCAACUCCCAGAAUUCUCCAGGCAGAAUUACAGGAAUUCCAGCCCACAUGGCCACACUUCUACACCUAUAUUUCAAUCACCCAGAGCAAAACCUAGUUCUCUGAGUCCUUAUGUCAUUGUAGGCCUUCAUGUGCUGCUUCAGUGCUUCCUGGAAAUAAGCUGCCACAAAGCUUUCUGGGUGUCAUAGGUUUGUGAUCAGUGUUUCCUACAGAGCCUAAAGAGUGGUAAGGCUGCUUGCUAUUCACAGGGAGCAUCAAAUUCGCCCGGGGGAAUUCCUCAAUAAUUCCGGGAGUUGGAAUCCAAAAUACCAGAAUGGCACAUCUCUAGUUGGUGAAACUGACAUAUCCGACUGUUCCCCUAAGUGUUUUCCAGGAAAACAGCUUUUGUGACCUUGACUUUGAUAUAGAUCUGAUGUCUUGGGACUCAGAACCCUGGGAUGUUUCGAAACAGAUCACAGCAGAUGCAUGCUGGAAAGCAGAACCUCUCUCACCAGCCACCUCAGCAGAAUCAGUUCCUUCUCCUUUAUCUGUGGAUUCUCCAGCACAACAUGUUCCUGAAGGCACAGAGUUGGGGUUGAGUUCCCAGUCAUCUCCUGUUUCCAUAUAUGGCCAGUGCUCUCAAACACCUGACUUACCUUUAGAAGAAAAGGAGAAGAAGCCCCCAUCCAAAACAAAGCAUUGUUCAGCAAAUGGAUCAUCAGUGACCCUAAAUCGAUGUAAUCCUCUGGUCUCCAAACCUUUGAUUCAGCCCAAACCUCUUUUGCCUGCCUUUCGGGAAACUCAAGCCAGCCUUGGUGUUCAGACCAAAGCCAUUGUCAUUCCAGCUCUUCCCACACUCCUGACGCUGCCGAAGCAGCAGCCAGUUGUUGCUAUCCAGGCCGCAACUCCCAGAAGUCAGUCUGUGAUGUUUCCUCAGUCCGCAGUUGUGCACCUUCAGACACCUGCAAUCCUUCCUGCCACCAAGCCAGCCAUUGCUGUUACUGGUGGGGCCACAGGGCAGGCUGUGAACAUACUGCCACAAACAGCAAGGAAAUGUUUGUCCAGUUCAAACCUACCUACUAAGCCUAUUCUUCAUGCCACUUCCCCAAAUGCUGGCACAGAUGUGAAUGUUCUAAAACGACAGCAGCGUAUGAUAAAAAACCGGGAAUCAGCCUGUCAGUCACGCAGGAAGAAAAAGGAAUAUAUGUUGAGUUUGGAGGCCAGGUUGAAAGCAGCCUUGCUGGAGAAUGAUCGCCUUAAGAAAGAGAAUGGCUCACUGAAGAGGCAGUUGGAUGAACUGGCAGAAGAGAACCAGAAUCUCAAGAGCUCCCCUCCAAAGAGAACAUUUUAUGUGAUGGUGCUGUUAGCCUUCAUUGUGCUGAAUUAUGACAGACUAAGUGUGCUCGAAUGGAGUCCCAGCUCUUCUGAAGUUCAUACCAGGCCUGCUCCUCACAGUAGGCAUCUUCUUGGAUUUUCUGCAAGCAUACCUCAGGAAACAGAAGGCAAGAAUAAUGAUGGGUAUAAACAUCCUGUUUCAGAUAAUAAAGCACUGAUGGUACUUACUGAAGAACCAAUAAUAUACGUUUCUCCACCACCCUGUCAGCCAUUCAUCAACCGCACUGAGUCACUAAGGUUGAGUCAUGAGCUACGAGGUUGGGUUCAUAGACAUGAAGCAGAAAGGACAAGAUCAAGGAGAAUGUCAAAAAAUCAGCAGCAAAAGGAUCAGGUUGUCCAGAACUCUUCAGGAAAAAAUGCAAACUCUGAGCUGAUGCCUCUUCCCUACAUGGACAACAGUGUUGAUAGGAACUCAGGAAACGAGCUACAAAUAUAUUAUGCUUUGCCACGGAAUUAUCAAGAUUUCUUUGAAGCAAUUCACAGAAGAGGAGAUACAUUCUAUGUGGUCUCUUUUCGUAGGGAUCAUCUAUUGCUGCCUGCUACCACCCAUAAUAAAACCAGGCGACCAAAGAUGUCAAUAGUACUGCCAGCAAUAAACAUCAGUGAGAAAGUAAUUAAUGGUCAAGACUAUGAAGUCAUGAUGCAGAUAGACUGUGAAGUGAUGGACACCAGGAUCCUGCACAUCAAAAGUUCCUCCAUCCCUCCCUAUCUUCGAGAUCAGCAGAGGAAUCAUACUACGGCCUUCUACAAUACUCCUCUAACUGUCCCAGAGGCAGCUCCUGCUGUGAGAGCAUACACAGAAUCCCCCCAAUAGCCUCAUGUCAGAAAUCAUGAUAUAAUGCCCUGGAGAGGUAGUUGCCCCUACUGACCGUUAUUGGUUUACCGUGGCAGCAUCCAGCCUCAGGCAAGAGAACUUGCCUACUGUCAACACAAGGCUACUGGAUCUUCCUGGGGGGAAAGGAGAUUUCAUAUGCUCUCAGUCAUGUCCAUAAGAUGACUCCAGAUCUAGUUCUUCUAAAAGUUCCCAGUGUCGUUGGUAUUGCUUUUCAGUUCUCCAAUAGUGUGCUUAAUCCUUGCUCAGGGUUUAAAAAAAAGUCUGGAGUGUGGGUCCUUUAUUAUUUCUCCAAUGAGGCAAAAAAAAGAAAGAAAGAAAGAAAGAAAGAAAGAAAGAAAGAAAGAAAGAAAGAAAGAAAGAAAGAAAGAAAGAAAGAAAGAAAGAAAGAAGGCAUGCCAAUUUUUUGGAAUAUAUUUGAAAUGUGGGUCUCUCAAGACUCUGCCAUGUGGAGUAUUAGCUUCCAGUGUUCCCUUUAUAGUCUUAUUCAGUGUCUGGACAACUGGGAUAUCAUAAAUAAGCCUUUCCAAAAAACUGGGAUAUUGUUUAACAAAUGUCUAACUGUGGCACAGUUGUCACAUAGGACACUGAUAUUUUGGUGGUAACCAACUUUAAUCUAGCAUUCAGGUGUAUGAAGUAUCAUUACUGGGAGCAUUCAGUCUUUGCCUCCCUAGUAAAUCUGUAGAGCUUUGGAGCACUGUCUCACGUGUAGCAAGAUACAUCCUGGAAGCACCCAUUGGCUGUAACACGUGACCUCAAUAAUAUGUAGGCUGGAAUAAUUUCUACCUUCUCAGAAGAUGGGUGAGGGAAUGCCUAGCAAUUCAGCAAGCUGAGAAGUCUAUCAAUGUCAGUUAAAUUAUUUCAAGUGCCAGGACAAUAAGAACAGGUUCAUUGUCUUUCCCCAUCCUUUCCUGCUCCAUUGGAGCACUUGGGUGUAUCAGAUACCCAUAUUGGGUAUGUAGUAGUACAGUAGUAGUUGUUGUAGGUGGGACAAGUACUACUAUAAUACUAGUACAGUAGUAGUUGUUCCACCUACUAGCUUCUGAUAGGCAGGAAAUGAAUAACAAAUCAUAAUUCUUCAGGGCUCCCUCAAAAGGAUGAGGCAACCCUGAAGAGACAGUUUCUUGUGAGCCACCAUAGAAACUUCGAGAUAGAAUAACAACUCAGAACCCAGAAAGAGAGAAACUUCCCUUAGAUAAAAAUGGACUGCAACCAACAUUCCCUCUAAUUUUCCACCAGCACUAAACAGAAACCCCACCCCAUGUGCACAAAGUUCCAGCUGCAGCUGGAACCAAAUGAGUGGCAACACUAACUGCAGAUGGCACCAAUACAGCACUGUGCAGCCAUGCACCCACACAGCUUAGAGCAGUGGUCCCCAACCUUGGGCCUCCAGAUGUUCUUGAACUGCAACUCCCAGAAGCCUUCACCACCACCU